ACCGCAGCGCAGUCGAAUACAUCGUCAUGGCUCUUCUCCCUCGUAGUCGUCGUUGUUCGUGUCGAGCAAACAGCAACGCAGCCGCUCUACCAAGGGCGAGUAAGAGGAAGUUUUUUUGCAAUCGCAUCAGUUGAGGGCAAAAGUUGAAGCAAAAUGACGGCUAUUCCGGGCUCUAUCGCCUUCGAUGAGUACGGCAGGCCCUUUAUCAUUUUGCGCGACCAGGAUAAGCAGAAAAGAUUAACCGGCAAUGAUGCCAUCAAGUCUCACAUUACGGCAGCUCGUAGCAUUGCCAACACACUCAAAACUUCUCUUGGCCCAAAAGGUCUUGAUAAGUUGAUGGUGAGCAGCGAUGGAGACAUCACUGUUACAAAUGAUGGGGCCACCAUCUUGAAACACAUGGAUGUUGACCAUGAAAUCGCUAAGCUCAUGGUACAGUUGUCACAGUCGCAGGACGAUGAAAUUGGUGACGGUACCACUGGAGUGGUUGUAUUGGCUGGUGCCUUGCUUGAGCAAGCUGAAAUAAUGUUAGACAAAGGCAUUCAUCCCAUCAGAAUCGCCGAUGGAUAUGAACUGGCAGCGCAGUGUGCAAUUGAAAAUCUUAAUGAAAUAGCAGAAGCAUUCCCUGUUAGCCCAGACAAUUUAGAGCCAUUGAUCAAAGUUGCUAUGACUACCCUUGGAUCCAAAAUUAUCAAUAAGUGUCACAAACAAAUGGCUGAAAUUGCUGUCAAUGCUGUGAUGGCUGUUGCAGACCUUAAAUCUCGUGAUGUUAACUUUGAACUUAUUAAAGUUGAAGGCAAAGUUGGUGGACGCUUAGAGGAUACUAUGCUUGUACGAGGAGUUGUAAUUGACAAAGACUUCAGUCACCCUCAAAUGCCUAAGCGAUUGGAACAAGUUAAAUUAGCUAUUUUGACAUGUCCCUUUGAACCACCAAAGCCAAAAACAAAACAUAAGCUCGAUGUUACUUCAGUGGAAGAUUACAAAGCAUUGAGAGAGUAUGAGAAAGAAAAAUUCAUUGAAAUGGUAAACCAAGUUAAAGAUGCAGGAGCUACCUUAGCUAUCUGCCAAUGGGGCUUUGAUGAUGAAGCAAAUCAUCUUCUUCUGCAAAGAGAAUUGCCAGCUGUUAGAUGGGUUGGAGGUCCUGAAAUUGAAUUGAUUGCCAUUGCUACUGGUGGUCGCAUCGUACCACGAUUCGAGGAACUCUCCCCUGAAAAACUUGGUUAUGCUGGAGUUGUCAGGGAAUUGACUUUCGGCACAACAAAAGACCGUAUGUUGGUCAUCGAAGAAUGCAAAAAUUCUCGAGCUGUUACAAUUUUCAUCCGUGGUGGUAACAAAAUGAUUGUUGAAGAAGCCAAACGUUCCAUCCACGACGCUUUGUGCACCGUACGUAAUUUGGUGACCAAUGAAAAAAUCGUGUAUGGAGGUGGUGCUGCUGAGAUCUCGUGUGCUCUUGCUUGCGCUGCUUCCGCUGAUAAGAUCAGCUCACUUGAACAAUACGCAUUCAGAGCAUUCGCCGAUGCUUUAGAAGCCAUCCCAAUGGCUCUUGCUGAGAACAGUGGUUUACCCUCUGUCAGCGCAUUAUCUGAAAUCAAAUCACGUCAGCUUGCCGACAAAAACCCGGCUAUUGGUAUCGAUUGCAUGAACCGUGGAACUUCGGAUAUGAGAGUUCAAAAUGUCAUCGAAUCGUUGAAGAGCAAAACUCAACAAAUUUUGCUGGCAACACAGCUAGUGAAAAUGAUCUUGAAAAUCGAUGACAUCCGAUCGCCAGCCGAUGCUGCUGGAUAUUAAAGAAAGAUAUUUCUUAAUUGAGUGUUGAUACCAAUUUAAUUGUUGAACAUAGAAAUAGAAUAUUUUUUCAUGUUUAUAACUGAGUCCUGAUUAUGAACUGACCAUUUUUUUAACAUGAAAAUUAAAAAAUUCACUUAUAAGAAUUUUACAAUAAAAAAACUCGAAACAAUA